UCCGAGAACAUGGCGAACUGUCCAACAAUGCUAACGCCCGGCGAAUACGAGAUGGCGCAAAAUGAUUAUCGGGACGAUUCGAAGGAGAUUUUUCUUGUGAAAUUAACCGAUUCAGCAUAUCGCGCUAUCGAGGAGUUUCACCACUACGCGAACACAAAUAGUUUUACGAACGGAGAGCGUGCGCAAAUGCAAAUGAACGGUAAUUCUGGUGUAAUCCACAUACCCACAUUGGCCAAUGAAGAAGGCUAUAACUUCAAGUUCUCGGUGGAUGCCGUUGAAGGAGAGCUUGAAUGUGUGCAACAAACGGUCGAGGGUCUGGAUGUACUCGGUCCCAUCCCACACCGGAUGCGUAUACAUGCCAAUGAUGAUGUUUAUACAGAAACACGCACCAAGAUGGCAAUGGUCGGAGAGACGCAACGCAGUAAAGGCACAAAAGUAAUAAAACCAAAUAAAGAUGAGAUUGGUCGCAAAGUGAAGAAGCCGGUAGCGACUUUAGCCAGUCAGCAUAUGAAACACAACGAGGUUCAUGCUAGGAUGCGUGCUAAAUUGCCAGGAGGCGACGUUAAAAGUAGUAAAACCGGUAUUGGACGAUCGCUGAACAAGUCAACAUAUGCAGGAAUGCAUCACAAUAGAUAUAGCAAUGCUUCGUCUUCUCAAUUACAUGUUACAAACUCUACAACUCCAAGUGGAUCCGGUACAAAUAAUCGAUCGAAUAGUAAUGGUAAAUCAUCUCAUGGUCGUGGUAAUUCCAGCGCUGUCUCAAACUCACUACCAUCAUUAACACCCGCCUCACAACCAUCUCCCACAAUGACGAAUGGGAAUGUUAUUUCUAAUAAUCGGGCGUCCGCCGGACAAUACAAAUCACCAGCGCCUUCUACAGUGGUUAAUGAAAGUGCCAAUGAGGUGAAGCACGGUGUAUCCAGUCACUCUACUGCGGCCAAGGCAAAACCCACACGUGGACGGCCACCUGGUGCCUCUAAAGGCGGUAAAGCAUCGAGUGCUAAGGGUAAUAAGCAAACCAAUAUAACUCGUUGUAAAAUACACGAACGUGUCAUACAAAUGUUGGCUGUGAGGCCGUAUAAAAAGCUCGAGCUUUAUUCCCGUCUACAAAACGAAGGCUUACGCGAUAGUGAGCGCUCAGUUAUUAGCACCGUGUUGCGAGAUACAGCGCUCUUACGUGACAACGCAUACAGUUUACGACGUCACAUAUGGAAUGAUGUCAAGGAAGAUUGGCCUUUUUAUAGUGAACAGGAGCGCCAACAGCUGAAAAGAAAUAAACCUCAGAAUUUGACUCCGCCAAUAAGCUCAGAUGCAGCGAGCUUAACAUCGGGACAGAGUCCACCAUUGCUAAACUCGCCCAGUCCACCACAAGUGGCCACGGAUAGCGACUCAAAUGGAGGCAAUAGUUUGAAACGACUCAGUGAAGGGUCUUACGAUCCGGUUCCGUCUAAAAAGCAGCGCAUAAGUCAUAUAACGGCUAAAGAACGUGUGGGAAAUCAUAUGAAUCCGUCCAGUGUAAAUAAUUUGGUACAUCACAGAAAUGCGCUUGCUGUAGAAAAAGGCAAUGUAGAGAUCUCCGCGCAUUCUGUUGCAAUGCAAACCAAAGGUGGUAAUACGAGCAAUCAACCCACACAACGCAAACGGAAAUUUGAAGCUCCUAUUUCGGACCAGCAGCCAGCUGAGCGUGCAAAUGAUCAAAAGAGCAGCAACAGCAAGAAAAGCAGCGGUCGCAAGUCAAGGAACAGUAGCGAGAGUAAAACAGUGAGUACCGAUGCCAAAAAAGAUAAACAGAAAGAAUGUGAGAAACAAAGUACCGAUCACAAAAAGGCUAAACACAAAAAAUCUGAGAAGCAAAGUAUGGAAACCAAAAAAGAUACACCAAGAGAAUGUGAGAAACAAAGUACUGAUCCCAAAAAAGACAAACACAAAAAAUCUGUGAAACCAAGUAUUGAUACCAAAAAAGAUAUACCAAAAGAAUGUGAGAAGCAAAGUACUGAUCCCAAAAAAGACAAACACAAAAAAUCUGUGAAACCAAGUAUUGAUACCAAAAAAGAUAUACCAAAAGAAUGUGAGAAACAAAGUCAAAAUACACCCAGUACAAGCAAGGAAACAACGCGGAAAAGCAAGUCCAAGAAAGAUAAGGAAGAACUUAAUAGUAACAAAAACAAGAUUGAUGUACCAGUGAUCUCCAGAAAGCGGACAUCAAAACCAGAGAAGAUUGUGCCGACAACUAUAAAUCACAAUCUAGAGGCUCCUAAACACUUAGAAAAACAGAGCUCUCAAUAUGUGGACUCAAAUCUGCAGCAUCAGCAGCAAGUCGCAGUUCAAGAAGCAGCUGAGCAGCAUGCCGCAACAAGUCAUAGCCGUGAGAGUAACAAAUAUAUAGAACAGAGUGCUCAACAUGCGCAGCCACAGCACUAUCCUCAGCUGCAGAUCUCUUCUCAAGAAACAGCUGAUCAUUCUGACAACACUGACGCAGAUACCGCUGAGCCACAAGGCUUCGAUUUCAGCUCGUAUAUCCCGGUCACAUGUGUCGAACAGCGACGGCUGUAUAAGGCUGAAUUUGAACGAGACUUCGACGAGUACAGCCAGCUGUUGGAACGCGUCGAAAUUGUGCGCCGCAACUUUCAAAUGCUAACACGUCAAUUACAAGAAAUACCACCGGACAGUCCUAGCUACGAACAUAUUCAACAACUGAUUAUGGAGGAAUACGAGCGGGUAAAUAGUGCUGAAGAGUUACAACGCAAGCAACGAUUUGAUUACCUUCAAGCCAAACUGGCGCACAUCACACAGAUGGUGAACGACUACGAUAAGAUGUUGACAUCCAAGGCUGAAGCGGCUGCAAUAGAAGCGGCAGUACUCAAACAUCAACAGCGCCAACAGCAACAACAAAAUGUACCAAUAGCGCCAAUUCCUGAAGUAAAAGAGGUAACCUCUUACACUCUGAAUGCCAACACCCAUAUGCAGACCACACCUCUCCAUCCAAACAACAGCCACGUCUUACCAAUGGAGACCGACAGGAAAGACGAAAUAGAAGUUAGUCAGCCUCCACAAAUAACGGCACAAGAUAUACAGCAACGUAAAAUGAAGAAUACUAAAAAUCAGGAGAUACGCAAGAAACCAACUUCAGGGGCACAACUCGCCCCACAACUACCCCCGCAGAAAAGUGAUCAAAUAAAUGAUCAUCCAGGCCAGGCACAAUAUAAAAAUGUUGUUAAGAACUCAUUCAGAACACUUGCGCCUACUUCAGGCGCACAACUCGCCCCACAACAAGCACAACUCCCCCCACAGCAAGCACAGCAAGGAUGUGUGCAAAUAAACGUUCAUCCAAAUGAACAGGAGAAUGACUUGAGUUCUUCAGAAUCGGACGAUUCAUCCGACUCUAGUUCGGAUGACUCUAGUUCGGAAAGCUCGAGUGAAUCAGAUAGUGAAUCAUCAAGUGAUGACAGUGAUUAGUACGGCACAGCAACAAGAGUUAGCCAUCUGAGCAGUCGACACUUUCAGCGUUAAACACGAUGGCGUAAAUGAACGCUGGAAGGGUAAUAUCGGUCCACUGAGGUAUAACGGUUAAUACUAUACCUUCUGGACUGUUACAUAAUAAAUUAUAUAUAACUAUAAAUUGCAUAACUAAACAGUUUUUUAACGAAAUUUGAAACACGAGAUUGAACAUAAACUAGUAAUAUUUUGUAGACUGACUUCAUGGCUAACUAAAUGAUAAAUAAAUAAAUCUAAUAAAAAGAUAAUUAUAAUUUGA